AAUCUGAGCAAACCCCAUGUGUUCUUUUUCAACUACAAGUUUCCAUUUUCCCUCACCACAAACUCCAAGCUAACCACAAAUCAUUCAACUUAGUUCAACAAAAAUAGGAAAUAAUAUGUAUACUUCAUCUCAUGGCAAUCCAAAAUAUCCACCAGCAGGGUACCCAACAGCUCCCAUGAAUUUACCACCUCCUUCCCAUAUCUCUCCUUUCCGUGGAUCAGCAGCAAGUGCUUCAUCAUGGUCAACUGGCCUUUGCCAUUGUUGUGAUGACCCUGCCAAUUGUUUGAUCACUGCUUUUUGUCCUUGUGUUACUUUUGGACAAAUUGCCGAGAUUGUUAACAAAGGGUCUAUCUCAUGUGCAGCAAGUGGUGCAGUUUAUGGAUUGCUGGCUCUUACGGGAUUAUCUUGCUUGUAUUCAUGUGUUUAUAGGUCGAGAUUGAGAGGUCAAUAUGAUUUGGAAGAAGCUCCUUGUGCUGAUUGCUUGGUUCAUUUUUGCUGUGAGACUUGCUCACUUUGUCAAGAGUAUAGGGAGCUCAAGAACCGUGGCUUUGAUAUGGGGAUUGGUUGGCAAGCAAACAUGGAUCGACAAGGUAGAGGAAUUACAGUUGCUCCCGUGGUAGGACGUAUGGCCAGAUGAUUAUACAAAAACCUCUGCAACGUCUUCAACUCAGUUUUCUAUCUGUACUACGAACCAUUUCAUGUUCAAAUUUUAUGCUAUUUGAUACCCUGCUUUUUAUUCUAAAAA